UAUAUCAAUAACAAAUCUUGGAUCUGGGUUUUUGUUAAUUUGAUGUAAAUAUUCGAACUUUGUUAAUAAAAAAAAAAAAUGGUUAUUUUAUUACCUGGGUAUUUAUGGGUUUUUGUUAAAACGAUAUAAAAAUUAAAACUUUAUGAAAAAUGGCUAUUUUAGUACCUUGGUCUUUGUUAAAAUUUUGUAAUAAUUGAAACUUGUAUAAAAACAAUGGCUAUUUUAGACCUGGUUUUUUGUUAAAAUGAUGUAAAAUUAAAAGUGUAUAAAUUUUUAUUUUUUUGAAGCUUUUAUAAAAAAGAAAAAAUGGCUACUUUAGUACCUGGGGUGUUGUUAAAGUUGCUUCAACAUAUGAACACAGAUGUAAAAGUUGGUGGUGAACACAGAUCAUCUUUAUUACAAGUUGUAAGUAUAGUUCCUGCUUUAGCUCCUGGUGGUGAGCUUUUUCAAAAUCAAGGGUUUUAUCUCAAGGUAUCUGAUUCAUCUCAUGCUACUUAUGUAUCUUUACCUGAUGAAAAUAUUGAUCUUAUAUUAAGUGAUAAGAUACAAUUAGGUCAAUAUAUACAUGUUGAAAGACUCGAAUCAGCUACCCCUGUUCCGAUUUUACACGGGGUUAGACCGGUUCCUGGUCGACAUCCUUGUGUUGGUACCCCUGAAGAUAUAGUUGCCACACAUUCUUUAGGGUUUCUAAAUAACAAUGGUAGCAGUAGUAGUUCUGCCAGUUCUAAGUUGGUUGGGAACGUUAAAUUGCCGAAAAAGGAUACUAGUUCUAGUUCUAGCUCCACAAGUUUAAGGUCAAAUGGGGUAGUGGAGGGUAAGAAAACUGUAUCGACUUUGGCAAGAUCUAAUUCACAGUUGCCGAAAUUGGUAUUGUAUACGAAGGAUUCUAAGCAGUCUUUAGGGAAAGUCAAACCGUCUGGUUCUAGGUCAAUUCCUUCAUCUCCUACCAGUUGUUACUCUUUGCCUACUUCUUUUGAGAAGUUUUCUAGUGGGGUUAAGCAACAGGCAAAGAUCAAAGGAUUUGAUAAAGAACUUGGGAAACUGAAUUUAGGGGAAAAGGGGAGUGCAGUUCGUGGGGCAAGUCCAAGUGGGAAAAAAUUUGGGAUCGGAAACUCAAUAAAAAAUUUUGUUCAGGGCAUUGAGAUAGGGCCCAAGGCUUUGAGAAAGAGCUGGGAAGGUAAUAUGGAAAUCAAGACCCCAAGAUUAAAAGUCACCAAGAAUGAUGCCAAGCCUGAUCCUCGGAGUACUUCGGUUCCUAGAAAAUCUACAAGUGAAAAGAUGCCGUCUACCAAAGAAGAAUCAUCUGUAAAGCCAUCUAAAGAGGUACGGACACCUGCAAAAAAAGGAGAAAUGGCUGAUAAUGGCCAUUCCGAUAAACCAAAACCGUCUCCAGGCAGGAAGUCAUCAGCAGAGGCAUCUGCAAAUGGUCUACCAGGAAACUUGGUCAAAGUUUCUCUUGGUAACAGACGAUUGACAGAUGGAGGUGCUUCUUGGUCAUCACUCCCAUCUUCUCUUGCAAAGCUUGGAAAGGAAGUCCUCAAGUAUAGGGAUUCUGCCCAAAUUGCUGCCGUAGAGGCGAUACAAGAGGCAUCAGCUGCAGAAACCUUACUUCAAUGUAUAAGCACGUAUUCUGAGUUGCGUUCUUCAGCAAAAGAAGACAACCCACAGCCUGCAGUCGAGCAGUUCUUGGCAUUACAUGCUAACUUAAAGAAUGCUCAUCAGAUUUCUGAAUCUUUGUCCAAAACAACUCUGCUCGUUUCAUCAUCAGAUAAUGAAGAAAUUCCGUCAGAAGAACAACUAAAAGUUUCUUCUGAUAGACAUAAACAAGCAACUUCUUGGGUCCAUGCUGCCAUGGCUACCAACUUAUCAUCUUUUUCGGUGUAUAGCAAACAAGGCAAGUUAACCUCUUUAAUCUCACCAUCUUCAACCACAGAUUCAACCCCUAAAAAUAUUCGACCAGUGUUAGUACUUGAGGGCUCCAGCAAUACCUCAACACCUAAAACCCAAGUCAAAGCACGGCAGUCAAUUGGGUCAAAAAUAAAUAACUCAUCAACUCCACGAAGACAACCGGUUGGAUCAAAUGUCCAACAAAAGGCAAAGGUGGUUCAACCUCCACCAGAAUGGGAAAAGGGGGUUGGUUUUGAUGAAGCAAUCAACUUGGCACAAAAACUAAAAAUGGAGUCUCAAGAUUGGUUCUUGGGAUUUGUUGAAAGAUUCUUGGAUGCUGAUGUUGACACCUCUAACAGUCUUUCAGAUAACGGUCAGAUUGCAGGCAUGCUGAGUCAGCUCAAGAGUGUAAACGACUGGUUAGACUCAAUUGGAUGUAACAAGGAGGAAGAAGAAGAAGAAGAAAGUUGUCAUAUCUCCCCAGAGACGAUUGAUAGGAUAAGGAAAAAGAUUUAUGAUUAUCUCCUUACACACGUAGAAUCUGCUGCAGCUGCACUUGGUAAACCUUAAAGCAAGACUAAAAGAUGACACAUUUUACUCUAAAAAGACAAUGGAUGUUUUUUUCAAUUAAAUGUACAUAAACUACUCAGCAAGUU